GAGCAUUCUGGGUAAUGUAGUGUUUUCUAAAAACCAUUAAAUCUAGCUGAACAAUCACAGUGGUGGGAAUCCUGAGUUACUUGAUUACAGAAGAAGAAACCAGGUUGUGUUCACAAUGUUAAAUGCCAUCAGGACUGAUCUGCACCUAUUAGUUGAGUGUCUGAAGUACCAGAUGAAAUGUCCAGCAUCUCAGAAACAAGCUCUGCUCACCAUCGUCUCCAUCUGCCAACAAAACAGUCAGAAUGUGGAGUUCCUCAGAGAGUUUGGAGGUGUGACCUUCAUCUAUAACCUGUCCAGAGCCAGCGAUUACUGUGAGGUUAAAGAGACGGCUCUGUUCACGCUCAGCUCUCUGGCUGAGUUUAACGAGAGCUGUAAGCAGAGCCUGUGUAGAGAGGAGAUGUUCUGUGGCUUGGCAGACUGCAUGGAACAGGAAGUGUCCCUCACACUGAAGAGAGUCUCAGUGUACAUGCUUUGUGUAUUAGUUUCCAACAACAAACAGGGACAGAGCCUUGCUAAAUCAUCUAAGUGUAUUGAUAUCCUGCUCAACUUAUUCAGGAGCACUUAUCCCACGGCUGAAGGAACUAAUGAGCUGCUGCCGCUGUGGACGUCAGUGUCCAGUGCUCUCUGUGCCUGUGUCAACAACCCCCAAAACGAGGAGAACCAGUGUGCAUGCAUGUGUGUGUUGCCGCUGGUGAAGGUUUGGCUCCAGCAGCUAUCCACAUUUAGGGCAGAGCUGGCUCAACCCAUCUGCUCUUUCAUUGGCAUGACUGUGGCUAAUAACUCAUGUGUACAGGAGUAUUUUGCAUCAGUUGGAGGACUGCUCACACUCUCAGACACUUUGUCUAGUGCGGUUUCUAAGUGCACAGAGAAUCCUGCAGCCUGUUUGAUCGCUACAGUAAUUACCAGAACACUGUCUGUCUGCAUCACUGACAACGAGGCUUUAGCUCCGGUUCUGUCUGAGCUUAAUUUAGUACCAGACCUUCUGCUGUUGCUGUCCACCCCAAGCCUCGGCCCACGAGACCAGCUGGCCGUGGUCUUGACACUCGGGCACUGCACCGAUGCAUGUGAGGAGCUCCAGUCUCAGUUGUUGCAUGGUGGAGGAUUGCCUCUGAUGAUCUCUCUGUUGACUGAUGCAAAUGACGAAGAAGUCAGAAAGGCAGCUACCUUUGUUUUGCAAACAUGUAAAAAACUUGCUGGAUCUAUAGCAUGUCCAAGUGUGGAGCCUGAUCUACAGAGACAUCGCCAGUCAGCGUGGGAAAUCCAGCAGAGAAUUCAGCAGCUAGAAAGACGACAGCGGGAUGAUUUGGAAAAAGGUGCAGAAAAUAUUUUAGCUCAGCCCAAAAACAGCAGAGAGGAAUUGUGGGAGGACUCGGUAGUGCGAAAGGCCACAGGUCAAAGCCAGGUGUAUGAGGUGGAGUCAAGGAGGAAGGACAUUCAACCCAACUACACACAACUAAACAGAGGGAUGAAAGAAAUGGAAAAAGGUCAAACAGAUGAAACAAAUCUGAAUAGAGGCAGAAGUAAAGAUGACCCAGGAAAUGAAAUCCCUGACAGUGCCACACACACCAAACUACCAAGAGACGGACCUGCAUGCAGGCCAGAUAUUUUCAAGCAUCCUGCACUCAUGAGGACACACCAGCAGGCCCCUUUUUACUCUGACGAUGAGCUGUCUUUGUGCUCUGAGCUCUUGGAUAGUGAGGUUGAGAGGAUUCUCAUCACUCCAACUGCCUCUAAAUCCAGCAUUCUACGAUGUGUAGGGUGUGUGAGCGGGGUGGAUGAGGUGAACAGCAGGUCCGUGGCUGGGGUUCUGCGCAGCUGUAAAAGUCUGUGUGACUUCCACUUGGUGCUACAGAGAGCUGAGGAUCUUCUGAAGAGAAGCCUGGAUAUCGAUGGGGUCUCUCACACACGUGGUCAUGAUAACACCUGUGACUUUGGGGUUAGAGACGUCAGAGAGGGUCACACAAAUAGGCCCAAUCCCAGAGACUCUUUGAGGUUGAUAAAUCUUACUCCACUGAAGCGAUGGGAUGAAACACAGGACAAGGCACAGACAUGGAAAACAGACAUGUGUCCAGACUCCAAAACCCAAGGGGCAAUGACGGAAGGCAGAGUGCACAGAGACAGGAAAGACUAUUCUGAAGAUGAGCUGAAGUACCUCAGUGAGGGUGUGAGGCGUUUUGGUCUCUCCUGGAACACGAUACUGUGGGCGUAUCCCUUCCAGCAGGGACGCACGAAUGUAGACCUGGCCAAGAAAUACAGAAAACUACAGCAAUGUUUAUCUCUGUCCUAAGACCUCAGAACAAGAAUCUGUUGAACAGAGAAUUCAUGAGAGACGACGUGGUCUGUAAAGUCUGUACUGUUGAUGAGUAAACAGCAGAUCAGCCUUUAACACAGAAAGCAGUGUUUUUGUUCCUUAACAAGUGUUUAUUUAGUUUUUGGGUUGAAUAAAAUAUUGAACAUUUGUUUUUGUUUUUUCAUUGAAAGAAAGAUGGAAUAAUUUAUAAUUUUUGGAACUUGUGUUUCGUUAAAGUGUGUCUCAGUCAGUAUCCAUCAGAUAUGAGACUCUGUGUUGCCAGACUUUUCUGAUCCAAACAGACUCCUACAAUUCUUGUACUGUACAAAGCUGUUGGCUCCCUGAUGCAAACACAGAAAGGCUCGUACACUCCUCACAUGAGAGAAUAAAGUCCUGGUCCUGA